GUACAUCCUCAUUUCCUGUCAGAUUAAGAACAGAACAACAUCACAGUGGAGAGUUUGCAUCCAUCACGCUGAGUCUACAAUGCUGUAUCCAAAGACAGAGCUCUGUGAUGGACUGUCCUUCAGGACCUGCAGGGUUUUCAUCAUUCUUCUAACACAGUGUUUAACAGCACAGUCUGAUGUGAUUGGCUCAGACAAACCAGUUACAGUAACAGUCGGUGAUAACGCCAUCCUGCCAUGUCACCUGGAGCCUCCAUCCAAUGUGAGGAGUCUAACAGUGGAGUGGAAACGUGAUGGAACAUUUGUGCAUGUCAGUCGACAUGGGAAGGACUAUCUAGAUGAUCAGGACAAGAACUUCAGAGGUAGAACAUCUGUCUUCCAUGAAGAAAUGAUCUUUGGAAACAUUUCACUAAAACUGACCAACGUAACUGAACUGGAUGCUGGAAGUUACACCUGCUUUGUUCCCGGACUGCAAAGUCAGGUCAAGAGAGGCUUCAUUAACCUCACUGUUGUUUGCGUUGCAGAGCAGUCAGAGUUGAUUUGUUCACAUCAACCAAUCGUAGCCCUGGCUGGUGAUGAUGUCAUUCUACCAUGUUACCUUGAUCCUCCAAUCAGUGCCAGUUCUGAGACAGUGGUGUGGACCAGACCUGGUUUAGACCCAAAGUACAUCCAUGUUCACCAAGAUGGACGACUGAUGUUUGAUUAUCAAAAUCCAUCUUAUUAUCUCAGAACGAGACUGUUUGUGGAUGAACUGCAGAAUGGAAACGUCUCCAUGAAAAUCUUCAAAGUGAAAAUCUCUGAUGCAGGAAAAUACUUUUGCUUCCUUCGAUCAAUGUUGAAGGAAGCUUCCAUCCAACUCACUGUUGGUGUCGUCUCCACUCCCAUCAUAGAGGUUGUCUACAAUAACAGUGGAAGAGUAGUUUUACAGUGUGAGUCUAAAGGCUGGUAUCCAGAGCCUGAGGUGGUCUGGCUGGACGGUGAGGGAAACCUCCUCUCUGCUGGACCUACAGAGACAGUCAGAGGUCCUGAUGACCUCUAUACUGUCAGCAGCAGAGUGACUGUGGAGAAGAGACACAGCAACAACUUCACCUGUAGAGUCCAACAGAAGGACAUCAACCAGACCAGAGAGACACACAUCUAUGUUCCAGAUGAUGUAUUUACAGUUCAGUCGUCUACUUGUUGUGUUUGGAGCAUCGUCAUUGUCAUUUUCAUUACUGUGCUGCUGUUCAUUAUUAUCAUUCUGAUAGCCAAACGUAUAAAGAGGAACCAGAAGAAUGAAAAUGAACAGACAGAGAAAGAAAAAGAUGAACAGCAGGAUGUAAAAAAGUCUGUGAUCCCAAGAAAGCCAAAUUACAUGAAGAAGCAAAAUGCAGUUGAGAAUACAUGUGAAGACCUUCCUAUACUGAAGGGAAAGAAGGAGGAGGACCAGAGAGAUCAACUGGACAAAAUGGAGAGAUCACAGAGAGAGGAAACAUCAGAACCGGGAAAUAACACAGAAGACGAGAAACAGAAGACACUUGAAAAUACAGAGAGACAACGAAAAACCUCCUGUAGUGAUGGAGAACGAUUAGGUCGUAGAGAAGAAGAGUGGAGGAAAUCAUUGUGACACUGGAACAUAUUCUCCAUCUUUUCCUGGUCUACCCGGUCAGAGCUCAGACGUAGAGCGGGUCGUCCACUAAUCAGAAGGUUGGUGGUUAGAUUCCCUCCAGUCCGCAUGUUAAAGUACUGACAAAAAAUCCAAUCAAACCCAGAAUCAGAUGGGUCACUGCUGCACCAUGGGCCUGUAAUGUCCAUUCAGACUUUUGUAUUUCCUAAGGUUUAUUUUGUCCAAAACAAGGAAGUAAAUCCCGGUUCCUGCAUCAGCCCACCCAGGUGCAUGCUGGUCCUACGUUUGCCUUCCUUGAGAAAAAGAAUGUAUUAACCAAAAGGCUUACAGCACCACCUCCAGGCAGGGAGGGAAAACAGCUGAUCAUAGAAAUCAUAGAGAAACAAAUAUGAGACUCAGGGUCAUCCAAGAAAGGUUUGAUCUUAGGUACCUACAAGUUCAUCAGUUCCUUUUAUGCAGAGAAUCUCAAUCUUAAACUCCUGCAGCAGUAAUGACCAGCACUUAAGUCUCUGAUUGUUAGAGCACAUAUGGGACAGGAACACAAGAGGAUUGAUGUCUCGAUAAAGAAGAACUAAAGAAGUGAACUUGAACCAACAUAACCUCAAAAUGCUGAGCCAGAAGCAAUGACAGGGCUGGUCUGAGUAUCAUCAGAUAAUCUGUCAUUCAUUUGUCAUUUAAAAAUGUCAAUUUGUCUUUUGUUUCAUAAUAAAAAAGGGUCUGAUUUAGGUUUAUGUGACCAAAGUCUAGUUACAGACAAAGGACGACACAAGAAGUCCUGGCACUGUGCAACAGGUGAGGUUGAGACAGAGAUACACUUUCUCUUAAAAUCACAUUGGAAUACUUUAAAACAUUUAAUCCAACAAUUCCAAACUUUAAAGAGUUAAUUGACAAUAACAAAAAAAGAUUAUAUUGGGAGAGAGACAUGCAGCAAACAUAGAGCGACAAAAUGUCACAAACUGAGGGACAGACAUUAAAAUAUAAUUACUGAAUAAGACAAAUCAAUAUCUUGUUGUACAUAUAGAACACACACACACACACACACACACACACACACACACACACACACACACACACACACACACACACAGAUGUUCUUUUUACCAGUAUUUCUCUGUUUUUAUUCAACUGCUUAUUGUUGUUUUGUAUUUAAUGAAUAGAUUCUUUAUUAAAUGUAUUCUUAAUGUUUAUGUUUUCUGGAUUAAUUUUAUUAUUUCAAUUCCAUUUAUUUUAGAAUUGUGUUAAUUUUGGCAAAGCUUUGGCAAUAAUUGAUUCUCACAUUCAUGCCAUUAAAAGCAUAUUAAAUUAAUAAA